CCAUCCAUGGCUCGCUUUCCAAGACCCUCCACACCUCGCUCACUCUACACUCUCUACACUUCCCCAUCCAAAACCACACCGUCCCAUUCCCACACCCACUCCCACUCUCACUCCCCAACCGCCGCGCUCCUCCUCCUCCGCCACUUCUCCUCCGGGAGCUUGGCCCGCGCGGCGUCGAAAGACGAGAAAGAGCCCUGGUGGAAGGACUCCAUGAGUCGGCUCCGAAACAUCGGGAUUUCGGCCCACAUCGAUUCGGGCAAAACCACGUUAACCGAGCGGGUACUUUACUAUACGGGUCGGAUCCAUGAGAUCCACGAGGUUAGAGGCAGAGAUGGAGUCGGAGCUAAAAUGGAUUCUAUGGAUUUGGAGAGAGAGAAGGGUAUUACCAUCCAGUCCGCCGCCACUUACUGCACUUGGAAAGACUAUCAGGUUAACAUUAUUGACACCCCCGGUCACGUAGAUUUCACGAUCGAGGUUGAGAGGGCUUUGCGUGUUCUUGAUGGUGCCAUUCUUGUACUUUGUAGUGUUGGCGGUGUGCAAAGUCAGUCGAUUACCGUUGAUCGGCAAAUGAGAAGAUAUGAGGUUCCAAGACUUGCAUUUAUUAACAAACUUGAUCGGAUGGGAGCAGAUCCAUGGAAAGUUCUCAACCAGGCAAGGUCUAAACUCCGGCAUCACAGUGCUGCCAUGCAAGUUCCAAUUGGGUUGGAGGAGGAUUUUAAGGGGCUCAUUGACCUUGUGCAAUUAAAAGCAUUAUAUUUUCACGGCUCCAGUGGUGAAAAAAUAGUUGCUGAAGAUAUACCUGCCAAUAUGGAGGCUUUAGUUGCAGAAAAGAGACGGGAACUAAUAGAGGCUGUUUCUGAAGUUGAUGAUAAACUUGCUGAAGUAUUUCUCAAUGAUGAGCCUGUAUCAUCAACUGAACUUGAGGAAGCAAUUCGCAGAGCAACUGUAGCACGGAAAUUUGUACCUGUAUUCAUGGGUAGUGCAUUUAAAAACAAGGGAGUACAACCACUUUUGGAUGGUGUACUUAGUUAUUUGCCUUGUCCAACUGAAGUCAGUAGCUAUGCUCUUGACCAAAGUAAGAAUGAAGAGAAGGUCACAUUGUCUGGAACUCCAGAUGGGCCUCUUGUGGCGUUAGCUUUUAAAUUGGAGGAAGGGCGCUUUGGUCAGUUGACAUAUCUAAGAAUCUAUGAAGGUAUCAUUCGGAAGGGUGAUUUUAUACAUAACAUAAAUACUGGAAAGAAAGUUAAGAUUCCUCGCUUGGUUCGGAUGCAUUCUGAUGAGAUGGAGGAUAUUCAACAGGCACAUGCUGGGCAAAUAGUUGCUGUAUUUGGUGUGGAUUGUGCAUCAGGAGAUACAUUCACUGAUGGGUCUGUUAAAUACACAAUGACUUCUAUGAAUGUCCCUGAGCCAGUGAUGUCUUUAGCUGUUCAACCAGUUUCAAAAGAUUCAGGAGGACAAUUUUCAAAGGCUUUGAAUCGUUUUCAGAGAGAGGACCCUACUUUCCGAGUUGGGCUGGAUGCUGAGAGUGGGCAGACAAUUAUUUCUGGAAUGGGAGAGCUGCAUUUGGACAUAUAUGUUGAACGUAUUCGGAGAGAGUAUAAGGUUGAUGCUACUGUUGGUAAGCCUCGUGUAAACUUCAGAGAAACUGUAACUCAACGUGCUGAAUUUGAUUAUUUACAUAAGAAACAAACUGGUGGACAAGGUCAAUAUGGACGAGUAUGCGGAUAUAUCGAACCACUUCCUCAAGGGUCAUCAACUAAGUUUGAAUUUGAUAACAUGAUUGUUGGGCAAGCUAUACCAUCAAACUUUAUCCCGGCAAUCGAGAAAGGUUUUAAAGAAGCAGCGAAUUCGGGUUCACUAAUUGGACAUCCAGUCGAACAUCUUCGUGUUGUUUUAACAGAUGGUGCUUCCCAUUCUGUGGAUUCCAGUGAACUUGCAUUCAAGUUAGCCGCAAUAUAUGCAUUUAGACAGUGCUAUACAGCUGCUAGACCGGUAAUUUUGGAGCCUGUCAUGAUGGUGGAGUUGAAAGUUCCAACUGAAUUUCAGGGCACUGUUGCUGGUGAUAUCAACAAGAGAAAAGGUGUUAUUGUCGGAAAUGAUCAGGAUGGAGAUGAUUCUGUGAUUACUGCCCAUGUCCCUCUGAACAACAUGUUUGGGUACUCAACGUCUCUUCGUUCAAUGACACAGGGAAAGGGUGAAUUUACAAUGGAAUACAAAGAGCAUUCAGCUGUUUCUAAUGACGUUCAGACGCAAUUAGUUAAUACUUACAAGGGCACAAAACCAGCUGAGUAGUUGGGAAUUUCAAUUGAAGCAUUUGCCCUUAUAUUAAUUGAUAGGCUAAAUUUGUCUUGUUAUAGUGAUUUUUUAAUUUUUUAAAUCAACUUUACAAGGUUAUUGUGAUAAAUUCGAUCCUGUGGAGAUCAAUAAAUUUUGAAAAGCAGAAAUAAAUUUAGGUGCCCAUUUUUUGUUUGAUCCUAUGUAAUACACUAAUAAUACUACUCGACUUUCUAGUCGGACAAGCAUGUAUCAUAAUUCUUGACAGUGUAUUGUUUCAUAAUCUAAUAUUUAUCUUCAUAGAGAGCAAUACAAUGUUUGUCCUGACU